AUGUCGGACUUUAGUUCCCUCUACCAGCAAGGUCUUUACCUUUCUCCAGACCAGCAGGAUCUGCUCCUUGCCGCUCUUUCAUCCAACAACCAAUCCAAGAAUUCAUCUCAGAAACCACAAAAUGGUACUCCUCAUAUGAAAACUGAGUCAGAGGGAACCCCUGGACAGGCAUCGGCCGGCAGUCUGAGUGUCUCUCCCUCGGGUUUUGACCGCUCCCAGAACCAAUCGGGUGGCUACGGCUAUGGGGACGACGAUAGUCCUUUUCUUGAUUUCAACCCGGAGGUAGACUUUGAUUUCCCAGGCUCAGACAGCUUAAUAGGGGAUCUCCCUGGAGGCGAGUACGAACCUGGUGACAAGAGGAAGGACAUUGACGGUGACGAGAACGAGGAGUCAGGGAAGAAGCGAAGGGAAAGCGAUGACAAGGCAGCUAAGAAGCCGGGCAGGAAACCGUUGACUUCGGAACCGACUUCGAAGCGCAAGGCACAAAAUCGCGCGGCACAGCGGGCGUUCCGUGAGCGCAAGGAAAAGCACUUGAAAGACUUGGAGACAAAGGUCGACGAGCUGCAGAAGAACUCCGAUGACGCAAAUCAGGAGAAUGGCUUGCUGCGUGCCCAAGUGGAGCGUCUUCAGGUUGAGCUGAGAGAGUACCGCAAGCGUCUCUCGUGGGUGACUAGCGGAAAUGGAGUUUCUGCCAUGAACGCCAUCCCUGGUGCCUAUUCCCAGGGGAUGUACGGCCUGAAGAACAACGACUUCCUUUUUGACUUCCCCAAGUUUGGAGACCUUCCCGGUUCGCAAAUCUUUAACAACAGCCAGCUAGGCAAGACAAACCAGGACAAAUUGAAGAACAACCAGAAUAGUGACUCGCAGGUCCCUGGCGUUUUGAGUCGAGACAACUUUAACAGUUCGAAUGGCUCUCACAACUCCCCGGCUUCUCGAGGAAACGUUACCGCGAGGUCUGCCAGCGGCACACCGACUGGCAACGGCCAAAACACAAACCAGCGCAAUGCCUAUGCUUCUAGCGAAAACCAAACUUACAAUUCGAAGAAGUCGUCAUCUACGAACGACACGUCCAACUCUGACUCCCCAUCGUCCUCGUCGGAUUCGCACCACAGCCAAUUUCUCUCCUCAAGCGGAACUUCACCGGAACCAAGUCUCAACUCUCCCGCGGCUGGAAAGCCAAAUGAAGCUGGUGAACCCCACUCUUGCACCAUAGAUGGGGAGAAGAACUUCUGCGCACAGCUUGGUUUGGCGUGUGGUAACAUUAGGAAUCCAAUCCCAGUCGUGAGGCACAACAGUGAGAGUGCGUCCAAUACACCUGUUCGAGUAGAUCAGCCAUUGGAUACGUCGGCCGGGCUUGACUCGCUGGCUCAAGAGAAUGGAGGACAGUUUGACCCAGUACUGUUCGGUGACUGGCGUGAACCCCAGGACGCUGUGCUAUCGCAGGACUUUGGCACUUUCUUUGACGAUGCUUUCCCUCUCCCAGAUCUAGGCAGCCCAGGCCAUAACAUUUCCGAGGCUGCAUCUCAAUCAGCACCUCAGCCAGCGCCUAAGAAAGACCUGAUUUCCCAGAUUGACAACAAACUGGAUGAGGAAGUGGUCCCUGGUGAAGACAAGUCACAGAUGCUCUCAUGCACUAAGAUAUGGGACCGUCUGCAAUCAAUGGAAAGAUUCCGUAACGGCGAGAUCGAUGUCGACCAUCUUUGCUCCGAAUUGCGCACCAAGGCACGAUGUUCCGAAGGCGGCGUGGUCGUGAACCAGACCGAUGUGGACGACAUCAUGGGACGCGCCAAAUAA